GGUUUUCACCCCUCUGUAGACAUCACGUACCAACGAAACUCAGCAGCUCUCAUGGCGCCGAAGCAGAGAACUCGCAACCCGGAGCUAAUCCCUGGCAUUCGAAAGGUCUCCCGUUCUGCCAUGUACCACAAGCGUGGUCUAUGGGCAAUCAAAGCGAAGAACGGUGGCAAAUUCCCCCAGCACGAGAAGGCCGCCGCGGCGGCUCCUGCUGUAGAGAAAGCCCCAAAAUUUUACCCGGCGGACGAUGUUAAGAAGCCGCUGUCGAAUACGAGGAAGCCUAAACCCACCAAACUCAGGGCGAGCAUCUCUCCUGGGACUGUGCUGAUAAUAUUAACCGGAAGGUUUAAAGGAAAGAGGGUCGUCUUCUUGAAGCAGCUUUCUUCUGGACUGCUUCUUGUCACCGGUCCUUACAAAGUCAAUGGUGUUCCUCUAAGAAGAGUUAACCAAUCAUAUGUGAUUGGAACUUCUACAAAGGUCGAUAUUUCCGGUGUGAACGUGGAUAAAAUUGAUGAUAAGUACUUUGCUAAGAAAGCUGAGAAGAAGAAGAAGAAGGGCGAAAAUGAAUUCUUUGAAGCCGAGAAACAGGAGAAGAAUACACUGCCUGCAGAGAAGAAAGAAGAUCAGAAAGCUGUUGAUGCACCACUGCUCAAAGCCCUUGAAUCUGUCCCAGACUUGAAGGCUUACUUGGGUGCCAGAUUUUCACUCAAGGCUGGCAUGAAACCUCAUGAGCUCGUGUUUUAGAGGACUUGUUUUAAAUUUUGAGAUCUGAUUUUGAACUUAAAUUUGCACUCCCAUCUUUUUAUAAAACCCCUUAUAUAAGCUGUUGCAUUAAGUACUCAUUUCCCUAAAUAUAGAUUCAAGUUUUGCUGUGAACACUCAUGGUUUGGGUGAUCUCUUCACAAUGAAUUCAAUUUAUAAUUUAUGCUGCAACA